AGGAAAGCCAUAACAAUCAUCUAUUUCACUUUACAUUUUUUACAGUAUUCUUAUAUAUCAUUAUUUUGCAAAAAGUUAUUGCAUAUGUGAAUUAACCAACAUUACAAAUCAUUCACGUUUGACUUUAGCUAUCAUUUUGUGGAGUUAUUCAAACCGAGCUGCAUGGGUUAGGUCGUUCUCGACAGCGAACUGUGUUACAGGAACAUUAUCCCAGUCAUUAGCCUGAUCCAGUUUAUCGUUUUUAAACAAACUAAAGAGUUACUGAAAGGAUGCAGAAGAGAAGAAAGCCCGAACCAAUUCAACUCAACCCGAUCCCGGAUGGAAAUACAAUCAACGGAACCGGUGCGACAGAGACCAACCUAGAGGCCCUUCAGAAGAAGCUUGAAGAGCUGGAAUUGGACGAACAGCAGCGUAAGCGUCUGGAGGCCUUUUUCACUCAGAAGCAGAAGGUUGGAGAGCUGAAGGAUGACGACAUGGAGAAGAUCUGUGAGCUGGGUGCCGGUAAUGGAGGGGUGGUCUUCAAGGUGUCACACAGACCAUCAGGCCUCAUCAUGGCCCGGAAGUUGAUCCACCUGGAGAUCAAGCCGGCCAUCAGGAACCAAAUAAUCAGAGAGCUGCAGGUGCUGCAUGAGUGUAACUCCCCCUACAUAGUGGGCUUCUAUGGGGCCUUUUACAGCGAUGGAGAGAUCAGCAUCUGUAUGGAACACAUGGAUGGGGGCUCUCUGGAUCAGUCUCUGAAGAAAGCCGGAAAGAUACCAGAACAGAUCCUGGGGAAAGUCAGCAUUGCAGUAAUUAAAGGACUGUCCUACCUGAGGGAGAAACACAAGAUCAUGCAUAGAGAUGUAAAACCCUCUAACAUCCUUGUUAACUCCCGUGGAGAGAUCAAGCUGUGUGACUUUGGAGUGAGUGGUCAGCUCAUAGACUCCAUGGCCAACUCCUUUGUCGGAACCCGCUCCUACAUGUCUCCGGAGCGUCUACAGGGAACCCACUACUCGGUCCAGUCAGACAUCUGGAGCAUGGGGCUGUCUCUGGUGGAGAUGGCCAUCGGACGGUUCCCGAUUCCUCCCCCUGAUGCCCACCAACUGGAACUGAUCUUUGGCCUCCCGGUGGAGGGGGGAGCCUCUUCGAGUGACAACACCUCUCCAAAGCCCCGACCUCCGGGACGGCCAGGCAGCUCCUACAGCUCAGACAGCAGGCCUCCCAUGGCUAUCUUUGAGCUACUGGACUACAUAGUCAAUGAGCCUCCUCCUAAGCUACCUGGUAUUUUCAGCUUGGAAUUUCAAGACUUUGUGAAUAAAUGCUUGAUCAAGAACCCCACAGACAGGGCAGACCUGAAGCAGUUAAUGGUUCAUCAGUUCAUCAAGCAGUCGGAGGCAGAGGAGGUGGACUUUGCUGGCUGGCUGUGUAGUACCAUAGGACUCAACCAGCCAAUCACCCCCACUCACAGUCUAGUCAUGUGAUCCGGUCCCUUCUCUAUACCACAGUCUGGUCUUUUGAACCAGUCCCUUCUCUACUCCACAGUCUGGUCUUUUGACCCGGUCCCUGCUCUACACCACAGUCUGGUCUUUUGCCCCGGUCCCUUCUCUACACCACAGUCUGUUCUUUUGACCCAGUCCCUUCUCUACACCACAGUCUGUUCUUUUGACCCGUUCCCUUCUCUACACCACAGUCUGGUUUUUUGAUCCGGUUCCUUUCUACAUCACAGUCUGGUCUUUUGACCCUGUUCCUUCUCUACACCACAGUCUAUUCUUUUGACCCGGUCCCUUCUCUACACCACAGUCUGGUCUUUUGACCCUGUUCCUUCCCUACACAGGUGGCUCUUAGCUGGAUUUGCAUCAGGAACCAAAAUUGGUAUUGGGUGUUUUUUCUGUUAAAUAGAGGUAAAAUAAAUAGGCUAUACUGUAAUGACUGUUCACCAUUAAAAAAGAGGGAGAUGUCACAAUAGAUUUCGCUGUAUACUGUAUAUUCAGAAUCUGUGGAAUGUUUUUGGCAUUAAUGAACAGCAUUUCAGUAUAAAUAAAAUGCACAGUUUAGAAAAAAGUCAUAUAGUUAGGUCCGGAAAUAUUUGGACACUGACACAGUUUGGCUCUGUAAGCCAUCACAAUGGAUUUGAAAUGAAACAACCAAGAUGCAAUUGAAGUGCAGACUUUCAGGUUUAAUUCAAGGAGUUGAACAAAUAUAUCGUAUGAAAUGUUAGGAAUUGCAACCAUUUUCAUACACAGUCGCUUAUUUCAGGGGCUCAAAUGUAAUUGGACAAAUUUACACAU